UGCAUUUUUUAAUUUGAAGAAAUUGUAAUCCAAAAAAGUAUGUGGAAAAAAGACAAAAGAUUGAACAAAAAAAGAGAGGGUGAAAAAGGAAAAAAAAUGGAAGAUACAAAAUAAAUAGUUGUGAAUCUCCCCAUAAAAUGAAAAAGCCAAUUGUAAGAAUAGUUGUGAGGGGAAAAAGGUAAAAAAUUGAAGGGAAAAAAGAGAAUACAUUGAAAAAAGAUGAUGAAUGGGGGACUGAGAUGAAGGGAAGUUUGCAAAUGAUAUGAAAUUUUAUUUUUUUAGGAAGGAGUAUGUGUACUUCUUGCUACAUGUGUUUUCUGUUGGAGGCUGAAAUGGAUGUUGACCUAUGUAACAUCUAGAGGUUUGAGUUUUUUGGCUACCCUCUUGGAAGACAUAUCCACAUAUUUGAAAGAGCCAAGUCUAGUGGUUGGAAUGCAAAUUCUACUUGCUGAGUUUGAUUGCUGCUGGCUGGUGGUGGACCUUGUUACCUCAUGUUGUUGGGUGUUUAGCCUGAUGUGGUGAGGUGUCAUUACUUGCCUACAGCUAUAUGAUAUUGUUAUCCUGCAAUUGCCAAGAUCAAUGUUCAAGAACCCUUUGAGAAAUGUUUCCUUCCCAUGUUGUUGCGGCGCAGAUAUAUGCUGUACUUCUUUAGUGACCGUUCGCUUACAAAAGGUUGAUUAUGCUUGUACUCCCGAGGAGGUUCAGCAGCAUUUCCAAUCAUGUGGUACAGUUAAUCGGGUGACUAUAUUAACUGAUAAGUUUGGCCAGCCCAAGGGUUUCGCCUACGUGGAAUUCCUUGAGCAAGAAGCUGUUCAAGAGGCUCUACUUCUUAAUGAAUCUGAACUCCAUGGACGACAGUUGAAGGUUAUGGCCAAAAGGACCAAUGUUCCUGGAAUGAAGCAGUAUCGCGGAAGGCGUUUCAAUCCCUACCUAGGUUACAGAUCUAGGAGGCCAUAUGUUCCUCCAUAUUUCUACUCACCUUAUGGAUAUGGGAAGGUUCCACGGUUCAGAAGGCCAAUGCGCUACAUGCCUUACUACUGAAAAGAUGGAUGGCCAUCGGACCGGCAUUGAUACUUAGUGAAGCGAGACUACUUAUUAUAAUGUGAUUCUCUUCUGAAGGUGUAUUGAGGAUCCUAUCUGCCCACGAAAUUUGAUGUUAGUAUUAUGAAAACCUCUUAUCAGGCAUAAUGGACAUUGUAAUAUUAGCUAUUUGCAGCAAUGCAUGCAACAUCAGCUACUUAAUAGAAAUUCUGUUAAGACGGUCGAAACUCGAAUGUCGAGGAUUUAUUUCCUUGUUCAAGUCUUAUUUCUCCUUGUUGACUAUGGGCUGCUUUUAGCUGUUUAUAAUGUUAUAUAUACUUGGUGGUGUGUUGCUCCGACC